AUUUGUGGGCGAAGGAGGGCAUUUCUUUGAGAGAAAAAAAGAAAAAGUGUGAUGGGUUGGCUCGGACCUCGGAGUGCGUGGGACACCGGUCGGAGGUAGCGACACUUCCACUCCUCUCUCUCUCUGCACUCCUCCAGCAUCCGAAGAAUCAAAAACGACGUAGUAGCAGAAACCACCAGAGAUGAUUUCACUGCAACGACGGAGGAGAGUGUGACGAUGAUGGCGACGACGAUGAGGGGAGACUCCGUGGCCAAUGCCAGAUCCUCUGCUACACUGCCCCACCGUAACGACCCUGCACCUCUCCCCCUCGUCGUUUCCCUCAACUGCAUCGAGGAUUGUACUAUCGAACAGGACUCCCUAGCCGGCGUGGCCGCCGUCGAGCACGUCUCGCUCAGCCGCCUCGCCGAUGGCCGGAUCGAGGCCGCCGCCGCGGUCCUCCUUCAUUCCCUCGCGUACCUUCCACGCGCUACCCAGCGCCGCCUCCGCCCCUGGCAGCUCGUCCUCUGCCUUGGCUCCGGCGACCGCGCCGUCGACUCCGCCCUUGCCGCCAACCUUGGCCUCCGCCUCGUCCACGUCGACGCCUCCCGCGCCGAGGAAAUCGCCGACACCGUCAUGGCCCUCUUCCUCGGCCUCCUCCGUCGCACCCACCUCCUUUCCCGCCACGCCCUCUCCGCCUCCGGCUGGCUCGGCUCCGUUCAGCCUCUCUGCCGCGGCAUGCGUCGUUGCAGGGGCCUUGUCUUGGGCAUUGUGGGCAGAUCUGCUUCCGCAAAGUCUCUGGCUAAUCGAAGCUUGGCGUUCAAGAUGAGUGUGCUUUAUUUCGAUGUCCAAGAGGGAAAAGGGAAAUUAGGCAGGUCUUCUUUAGCAUUUCCGCCUGCUGCCAGGAGGAUGGAUACUCUCAAUGAUUUACUGGCUGCAAGUGACCUUAUUUCACUCCAUUGUGCUUUAACAAAUGACACGGUUCAGAUAAUUAAUGCAGAAUGUUUGCAGCAUAUAAAACCUGGGGCAUUUCUUGUGAAUACUGGUAGCAGUCAGCUACUGGAUGAUUGUGCUCUAAAGCACCUUUUGAUUGAUGGUACAAUUGCUGGAUGUGCCCUGGAUGGUGCUGAAGGACCCCAGUGGAUGGAAGCAUGGGUAAAGGAGAUGCCCAAUGUAUUGAUACUUCCACGCAGUGCAGAUUAUAGUGAGGAAGUGUGGAUGGAGAUAAGGGAGAAAGCCAUUUCUAUAUUGCAGACAUUUUUUCUUGAUGGCGUUAUUCCAAAGAAUGCAAUUUCUGAUGAGGAUGAUGAGGAAAGCGAAAUAGGCUAUGAAAAUGAACAUUUUGAUAAACAAGACAAUGUAAGUUCUUUGCAGGGUUCUGUUGGGGAGCAGUUGACUGAUGAUGUUCAUGUUACUCCAGAAAGCUCUCUUAGAAAGGGUACAGAUCAGUCAAAGGAGUCUCCUAGCCAGCAUCAGGGUUCAGGUUUAUCUCAAAGUACUGCUACUCGAUCAGAAGGAAAGCGCAGUAGAUCCAGUAAGAAGGCUAAAAAAAGGCAUGCUCGCCAAAAAUCCCGACAGAAGUCAGAUGACCCUACUGCAUUAGAAAAAGAAAGUAUGUCUCAUCGAGAAGAUGAUACUGCUAUGAGCGGCACAGACCAAGUGUUAAGUUCGAGCUCUCGUUUUGCUUCUCCUGAAGACUUGAGAAGUCGGAAAACACAAAUAGAAUUGAUAGAAGAAUCAACUCCUGAACAGGUUUUAAAAUCAAACACGAGGAUCAGUAGGAAUUAUGGUGAACUGCUUAAAGAUGGAUAUGUUAUAGCCUUGCAUGCCAGAGAUAGUCCCAUGCUUCAUGUGUCCAGGCAGAGAGUUAAAGGGGGUGGCUGGUUUCUUGAUACGUUGUCAAAUGUAACAAAAAGAGAUCCUGCAGCUCAAUUCCUUGUUGUUUUCAGAAAUAAGGACACAAUUGGCUUACGAUCUUUUGUUGCUGGUGGAAAAUUAUUGCAGAUAAAUAGAAGAAUGGAAUUUGUAUUUGCUAGCCACAGCUUUGAUGUCUGGGAGAGUUGGCUACUGGAAGGUUCUCAUGAGGACUGUAGGCUUGUCAACUGUAGAAAUCCCUUGGCUGUUUUGGACAUUCGCAUUGAAAUUCUUGCUGUUCUAGGAGAAGAUGACGGGGUUACUCGCUGGCUUGAUUAGGUUGCGAAUGUGUUAUUUGAGAAGACUCGUCUAUUCCUUCUCAGUAGAGCUUGGUGUUAGUUGUAAAGUAUCCAAUUAUUGUUUCCUCGCCUGCCUUGUUGUACACAUGUUUUGUUGUUGGUUAUGCGGUGUUUGGAUAAAAUUCAUGUAUUUUUAUUGUUUACAAGAGAUACCUCAAGGUCUCAUCUAACAUGGUUAUUCUUUUUUGAAGUCAACUGCCUUUCUUGUUCUUCAUGUAAUCUUUCCACAAGGUUCCAUUGAACAUUUUACUCUUAGUUAUGAAGCUGGGUCUUCCUUUG